AGAGCGCAGCGCCUCUGAGGAGCAGUCAGCCAAGCGACAGGAGCAGAGCGCAGAGCGGAGAGCAAAGUUUCCCAAAUGGAUUUCUUUGGUGCAAGCAGACAUUUGUUAUUCUCAUACGUUCUCAUCAACGGGAUAUUAAUAACCUUACAGGCAAAUGAAGAGGUGCUUUUGGAUAUGAAGGCAAGAGGAGGAGAGCUGGGCUGGCUGACCUGGCCCCCAAAGCAGGGAGAGACAUCUGGGUGGGAGGUCACCCAGAAAACCCUGAAUGGCACACAGUUUUAUGCCUACUCCAUAUGCAAUGUCGGCGAGCGCGAGCAGGACAACUGGCUGCGCACCACCUUCAUCCAGAGGCACCCUUCGGUCUCUCGGGUUUUUGUAGAACUCCAAUUCAUCGUGCGCGACUGCAACUCAUUUGAUGGUGCCUCAUUAAUCUGCAAGGAGACCUUUAACCUCUACUCAUCAGAGGCGGAUGCAGACGUGGGCACGACCUUCCACAAGGUGCAGUUCAAGAAGGUGACCACGAUAGCUCCAGAUGAAAGAACUAACAAAAACGAAAUGCACAUCAACACGGAAACGAAAGUUGUGGAAAAUUUAUCUCAGAAGGGUUUCUACUUGGCCUUCCAAGACAUCGGAGCCUGCGUCGCUCUCCUCUCUGUCAGGGUGUACUACAAAACUUGCCCGGCCACAACAAAGAGCCUUGCUUUGUUCCCUGAGACUGUGGCUGGAGGUGAAGGCCAGGGGCUCAAGGAGGUGACUGGGAGGUGCAUCGACAAUGCUGAAAGUGUGGAUUUACCUCGAAUAUACUGCACUAUGGACGGGGAGUGGGUGGUCCCGGUUGGACAGUGCCAGUGUAAUCCCGGUUAUGAAGAAGUGGAAGAUUCUUGUGAAGAGUGUCAGCCAGGCUUCUUCAAAGCUGAGGGAACCAGUGGCAAGUGUGAGCCAUGUCCUGCCAACACCCAGAGCCACAACUCUGGUGCUACAUAUUGUCCGUGCAAGGAUGGCUUCUUUCGGGCUGUUACGGAUCCCAUCACUGGACCUUGUUCAGGCCUCCCUUCUGCCCCACGAGAUCUAAAAGCCACCACCAGCAGCCUUUCCCCAGGAAAGCUCCUUCUCUCCUGGCAGCCCCCUGAGGAUACCGGCGGUCGAACUGACAUCAACUACAGCGUCGAUUGCCAGCAUUGCGGGUGCAACGAGGGCUCUUCCUGCCAACCUUGUGGAAAGAAAAUUCGUUAUGACCCACCCAACAUGCUCCUGACUGAUACCAAGGUGUCAGUGAGCGAGCUGGACCCCUUCUGCAACUACACCUUCACUGUGGAGGUGCACAGUGGGGUGUCCAUGUUUGCCAAGCAGGCAAAAGCGAGCACAUUUAGGCCACCGUCCUCAGCCAAACUGCAUACAUCUCUUCACUACACAGAUCCACCCAAAAUUACUUCGAUGCGUCUGGUUGAACGAGAUACCACCAGUUUGUCUCUGUCCUGGGAUGUUUUCCCCCGUCCACGUGUCCAGUCCCAGCGUAUCCGCUACCAGCUUUCUUACCACAAAAAGGACAAUAAACCCGAUGUGCCUACGUUUGUUGUGCUGAACCUGGAGAAAAACUCUGUGCAGAUUGACAAUCUGUCCCCAGGCACGGCUUACCGGGUCAAGGUCCAGGCUCUGGGCUCUGAUGGUAGCCAAGGAGUUUCCAGCUUGGAGGAACAGUUUGAGACGUUGUCUGAAGGACAACUUAACAAGACCGCUGUUAUCAUUGCUGGAGUGGUUGCAGGAGGAGUCAUGGUUUUCAUACUGACAGUCAUCUAUUGCCUGCACAGACGGAAAAGAGAUACACACACUAGACAAGGACCAGAGGACACCUACUUUUCAAGCCCUGAACAAUUAAAACCCCUGAAGACGUAUGUGGAUCCACAUACCUAUGAGGACCCCAACGUCGCUGUACUCAAGUUUGCCACUGAAAUCCAUCCUAGCCACAUAACCAAACAGAAAGUCAUCGGAGCUGGCGAGUUUGGGGAAGUUUACAAAGGCAUCCUGAAAGCGCCUGGGAAGAAAGAAGUGGCGGUGGCUGUAAAGACCCUGAAGCCUGGCUACACAGAGAAGCAGAGACAGGAUUUUCUGAGCGAGGCCUCCAUCAUGGGACAGUUCUCCCACCAGAACAUCAUUCGUCUAGAGGGGGUGGUCACCAAAUUUAAACAUGCAAUGAUUGUGACCGAAUUUAUGGAGAAUGGAGCUCUGGAUAGAUACCUGAGAGACCAUGAUGGUGAGUUCUCAUCUCACCAGCUGGUGGGGAUGUUGCGUGGCAUCGCAGCAGGCAUGAAGUACCUUUCUGAAAUGAGCUAUGUUCACCGUGACCUGGCUGCGCGCAACAUCCUGGUCAACACAUCCCUGGAGUGUAAAGUUUCAGAUUUUGGCCUGUCCCGAGUUCUUGAGGACGAUCCUGAGGGGACCUACACCACCAGUGGAGGUAAAAUCCCCAUCCGCUGGACAGCACCCGAGGCAAUAGCCUACAGGAAGUUCACCUCUGCAAGUGAUGUGUGGAGUUUCGGCAUUGUCAUGUGGGAGGUCAUGGCAUUUGGGGAAAGACCUUAUUGGGAUAUGAGUAACCAUGAGGUGAUGAAGGCCAUAAACGAGGCUUUCAGGCUUCCAGCACCAAUGGACUGUCCAUCGGCCGUCUACCAGCUGAUGCUUCAGUGCUGGCUUCAGGAUCGCUCCAAGAGGCCGCGCUUCGGAGACAUCGUCAGUCUGCUGGACAAGCUCCUCCGCAGCCCAGACUCACUGAAGACCAUCGCAGACUUUGAUCCUCGCGUAUCCAUUCGGCUGCCCAGCACCAGCGGGUCAGAUGGCUCCCCCUUCAGGUCAGUGUCCGAGUGGCUAGAGUCCAUCAAGAUGAGCCAGUACAGCGAAAACUUCACGCGUGCCGGGGUAAUCACCAUGGACCAGGUCCUGCAGAUGAAGAACGAGGAUAUUAAGAACAUCGGGGUGAGAUUGCCCGGCCAUUUGAAAAGAAUAGCUUACAGCAUCUUGGGCUUAAAGGACCAGACCAGCACCCUGAGCGUGUUUGCUGUGUGAUCCUCCAAAUUAAAAGGGAUGUCAAAUUGGACACAGGAAGCCCUUUGAACUCCAAGCUGAGCGGGAGCGUCUCUGCAGGGAUGGCGUUGGAUCAGCCGAACCAAGAGAAAAUGUGCCAACUCUAUGGGCCAAAUCAGUCCGAGAGACUUACUGUAUGUUCUAGAUUUCUUCAUCUUUUCCACGGGGAAAUGGAGCACAUACCUAACAAAAGACUUUCGAUAUUUAGAUAGCUAUUUUUGUACUUUCUUACAGAGACAGCUACUUUCUAAUUCAAUGUCAAUUUUUUCUGCUCCUGCUUCAGCUUUAUAUUUGCACCCUGAGUUUGUUGCAAACAAACUGGGAGAACUUUUAUAAACAAGCAGCAGAGUCCAGUCAUGGUUCAGGAUGUGGUUGGUGUCUACGUCUCUGUAUCUGUCACUGAUUGGCUUUUUGCUCCAUCUGUUAUCAGGAAGCACAAAGAGGCUGUAAUGAGCUUGAGCUGGUCCAGGUUUAGAUAA